AUGCCGUUCCACGACUUGGAUUUUGGUUGGGCGUCUAGGCUGGUGCACCACAUUCUCACCUUUCAGAUAGUUUGCAAUCAGAGGUACGAGAUCUGGAGCUUGAUUGGUACCUCUCCAGUGAAAUUUUCAUUCCAUGAGUUCGAGGAAAUCAUAGGACUCAACUGCAAGUAUGUGAAUGAUCUGGCUCUCCCUGAGCUUGAGCUUUUGGAGGACAUGCGGGUAUUCUUGGAGCAAAUGGGGGUCAAUGUCGCUCUAGGGCCAAACACCCUUGAUAAUAUAGAAUCCUGUUCCAACUACUCAUCAUGGUCUCGGAAUGAUAGGCUGUGUUUGGGAUACCUUGGGAUCUACGCUGCUUUUAUCAUACCAACAAAACCUGGCUCACCCACGAAUACUAGCCAUGCCAAACUCGUGGUAGAUCUCAAAGGUUUUAAGAGUUUCCCAUGGGGAAGACUUGCUUUUCAGCAUCUGAUCAAAGACCCAUUGCCAAAUGAACAACCACCUCUUCUGCUGGCUUACACAGGAUCAAGAGGACGAAAGAACGCUCGCAUACAGAGCUGCAUGGUUAAGGACUUGGCGGAUAUGUUUCCAGUUUGGGAUGAUGAGCAACAAGAUCCCAACAUUGAAGGUGUUCUGGGUUCAUACACCGUCAAAGUAGAGAAAAAGAGCUUUCCCUCAGAUGAAUCAAGCUGGAAGAAACCCUGCACAGUCGCUGCGUCUGCUGCCUCUUACAUGGGUGAUCAAGGGGACGGAGUUAUCGCUACUAUGAAAGCGCACUUCAACCAAUGCUUCAAAAGCUUCUCAACCAAGAUGACUUAUUCAAUGAAGAAUGAAAGGUCCGCCUCUGAUGCUGAACUUGGUAGCUGUGAAAAGCAGAUCAAACUCCUCAGCGAUAAUGUAGAAGCAGUAGAUCAUGCAGUGGAGGCGGUGACAACAAGGACAGCAAAGCAUACUGACGAAGAGGUUAAAAACACUGUGGAUCCGAGCCAGCAGAAAGACACCAUCAACACAAGGCGUGAAGGGAAUUAUUCAGAGAAAGAAGAUGAUAGUAAGAAAGGUGAUGCCAACGUUGGUAUAAGUGAGAGUGUUAAUGCCCUCGGGGCUGUAAAAGCAAAGCAGGCUACUGUGGACCUAGAAGAAAACCCAGAAACAAGUGUUGUGGAACUUGACCCAGCGAUGUGUGAUGUUGAUUUCAACGGGAUUCAGCACAUGGAAGCUUAUAUUAACUUACUGAGGCUUCGAUUCGCUAAGCAUCCAAAGUGGUUUUGGUCAGAUCGGCUUUGCUUCCUCAACUCAAUGUUUGCUACGACUUGGAGACGCGACUACAAUGACUUCUUUAAGUCUGAACCGAAUGCAGAUGGUUCUGGCAGACUUCUACCACCUGGUACGUUUUCAUACUACACAGGAGAAUUAACGAUCCGUAAAACUGAAAAGACGUGGGCCUAUGAAGUCGACCAUUUGUACUCAAUGUUGCACAUCAGCAAGAACCAUUAA